UAUUACGAAACAAUGUUGUUUUUUUUUACAAAAGGAACGUAGGCUUUAACGUGCCUAAUGCAAAUGCUGCAUACUGUAGGUUGCUAUAUGAUGUGACGUAGAUCAUUAAUACGUUGGUGGUGGUUACAAUGUAGGUAUCUAUUUCUUGAAGAGGGGUGCUUAAUAUGUAAACAUUUGGUCAUAUUUUAAUAGUGGGCCUAAUUAAUUUGGAUAACAGUAAGACUGCUCUCAACUCUCAGUUAAAAUGUUUAGUUAAUAGUGCUGCUCCAUUGAUAAAACAAGCCUGUUGAUUCUACCCAACAACACCCUUCUCUCUUUGUGGAAUGGUACGCUCUCUCCACACAGAUUUCAUUCAUAAAAUUCCAGCUCACUAUAAAAGGAGGCGCACUCCACUAUCUGCACCAACUACCAUUCACAUGAAAGAACCCAGAAAAAGUGAUGCACAGAGGUGAUUGAACAGCAGCGCGGUCGAUAAUAGCCUAUAAUAUAGGAGGAAUAGUGAUUUGUUUUUUUAUGCUUUAUUGAUACACAUCAUCAUGUAUCCAGACUCGAGCCCAAACUACAAUGUCUCGAGCUCGUCCGGCAGCAGCAGCAGCAGCAGCAGCAGCAGCAGUUUAGCAUCGCCUACCGGAGACUUACCCGCGUGCAGUCAGCGGUCUCCAAGCUCACUCACGAGCGCAUCAUCAGUAGACAGCAGCACGUCUCAGAAUGUUUGCGGUGAAACAGACUGUCCACGGCAGUCUGCCUUUGUUCCUACAGUGACUGCGAUCUCAGCCUUCUCGGAUCUGCAGUGGAUGGUCCAACCGACCACCGUCAUCUCGGCAUCUGUCUCCCCCUCCAGCAGCGCAAAGCCUACAAGAGCUCAUGGCGCAACCCAGUCAUCUUCAAGAGCGGGAGGGAACGCGGAACAAUCCACCAGCGCGAGAGGGAAAAAACAGGCUACAUCAGAAGAGGAUGAGAGGAGGAAGAUCAGGAGAGAGAGGAAUAAAGUCGCAGCAGCCAAGUGUCGCAACAGACGGAGGGAGCUCACCGACACCCUGCAAGCCGAAACUGAUCAGCUUGAAGAGGACAAAGAGGCCUUGCAGACAGAGAUAGCCCACCUCCUGAAAGAGAAAGAGAGUCUGGAACAGAUCCUAUCCGCCCACCAGCCAGCCUGCAAACUAGCCGCCGCUGAAGACAACAACGUGGAGGAAGACAUCGACGAAGACAUCGACGAUGACAUCGACCGUAUGCUCCAGGACCCUCCGGAUUCCCCCCAGCUGCUCUCCAUCUUGGAGAAUGAAGACAAACUCCAACUCCCAGAGGGAAAUGCAACACUAGUGACUGUGUCCGACACUCCUUCGCUUCAGGACAUGGAAACUGUUGUGGUUCCCUCAAACAUCUCCAUCUCUGCGUCGGCCAUCUUGGGUAACUCCAACAUCCUGCUGUGCUCCAGCGCUGAGGAAGAACCCAUGGACGACCUAAACUUCGACCAGGAUGACUUAGACAACCUGGUCCCUAGCCUGGAACUCAACAUGGCUGUGGCCCCUGAGACUGCCCCGUCUGUUCCCGACAUCGACCUCCUCGGAGGCCCCUUCUGCCUCUCAGACUGGGAGACCCUGUACAAGUCGGUGGCCAACAAUCUGGAGCCCCUCUGCACCCCCACGAUGAUGACUUCCAGUGACAGUCCUACCUGUAGCAGUUACCGCUCUGUGUUUAGUUUGAAUUACACAGAGAUAGACUCUUUGGCGGGGACAGGAGUUGCAAAUCCAGCUCUGAGACCCUCAAAUGAGGUGUUGGUGGUAGAUCUGAUUUGAUGAACCGUAAUCUGAACUCUCCCACGCUGUUGACCUUGUGACACUGUUAUGGGACUGGUGGGACAUAUACAUACAGGGCUAGUUUCCCCCACUCACAGAUUAAGCCUUAGUCUUCAAUUAAAAAAAGCAGUGUUCAAUGAUGAUUCUCCUUUGAAAGUGCUUCUUUAGUCCAGGACUAGGCUUAAUCUGUGUCUGAGAAACACGGCCCUUGAGGUUGAUAUUGAACCAAUAAGCUAUGGUCUAUUCAUCUACCCCCCCCCCCCCCCCCCCCCCACCCCCCCUGAUGUUUUGUUGUGCUUGUUAUGAUGUUUUGUUAACAUUUAACCUUUAGCACCAAAUUAAAUGGUUACUGUGACUAUAACAGUAUCAACAUCUUCCAUAUAUAUAUAUGGAAGAUAUAUAGAUAUAUAUAUAUGAAAGAUAUAUAGAUAUAUAUAUAUAUAUGGAAGAUGUAUAUAUAUUGGUGCACCUGUGAGGGCUGUUCAUGCUCUUGAAAAAGAUAUCUAUUGUUGUCCUUGUAUCAAAAUUAAAUGCAUGCAAAAUCAUACCAUUUUAUUAAAAAGGGGUGCUAUAUCUUUGUUUUUCCAUGCUUAAAUAUAAAUGUGAAACUAGACUGUGGUUUGUGAGGAUACUGAUAUCAGAUUGUGUCUUAUUAACAGGUGAAAUUACAGUUUGAGUAAUGUGGACAUCAUUUUACUGUAAAGUGACAUUUCUUUCUGGUUUUCCAUGAAAACACAGCACCUUGUAUUUUAUCAAGAUGUAUUUUAUGACAUAGUUUAUUUUUUUACCUCAAAAAGUUUUGACUAAUUGUUGGUAAGAUGCAAAAAAAAUUGAACACAGACAAAUAAAAUAAUAAAACUGUUUGUUUGGACCCUGUA